AAGGGAGGGAGGGAGACACAGGGAGGGAGAGAAAAAGGAAGCUCUCGGAUAAGUUUUUGUGUAUAUUACUCCAAAGAUACACAAACUUUCACAAGCCGGAGGUAUGGUUUGAGGCCUUUUUUCCAGAUCAACAUGCCGAAGGGAGGAAUCUGAAGAGCACAGGGGAAAACAGUUUAUCUGCAGUUGUGCACAGCUGAUGACAUCAAAUAUUAACACUUUCUAAGGCCUUGGGCCUCGAGUGGCUACAGAUUGACCUUGGACAGACAAAAACAGAGACAAUGUCCUCUGACUUGGACUCCAGUCUCACUAGUAUCGACUGGCUUCCUCGGCUGGGAAUCAGCAGCCUGCGCUCGGGCAAAGAGAGAGGAGGUGGAGGUGGAGGAGAGAGGGACAAGAAGAAAGAUAGAGUGAGGGAGAGAGUGGACUUCCUACCCUCUGUGCAGGACCCCUCCCCUUCAAACUCUAAAGGGAAACCCCCUCACAGCUACGCCACUCUCAUUGCCAUGGCAAUAGCCGCUGCACCUGAGAGAAAGUUGAGUUUGAAUGACAUCUACACCUGGAUCAGUGACACGUUCCCGUACUACAGCCGAGCAGGUCGUGGAUGGAAGAACUCCAUCCGACACAAUCUGUCUCUGAAUAAAUGCUUCAGGAAAGUUCCUCGGCCACAGAAUGACCCCGGCAAGGGUUCCUACUGGACAAUGGAUGGACCGACAGAGGUGAAUCAAGUGAGGGCUCCUAAACGUCCCUAUCCAGAGGAGGGGGAGGAGGAGCAGGAUGCUCCAGAAUUACCCAGGACACAAUCUGACAGUGGAGCCUCCCCUUAUCAACCACAGCCGACCUCCCACUCAGACCGCCAGCUUCUUCACGCUGAGCCACUGAGCGCCAUCAAGCGACAAUCACCCCAGUCUGUGUCCCUCUCUCCUCCCCCAUGCAAGCAACCAUCACCGUACAUGCCAAGUCCAGUUUCUAGUGUCCCCAACACCCAUCCAUCUGUCCUUUCUUCAGCUGAGCUCCCACCUGCUGUCUCUGUGUCUCCCAUUCAUUCUGUCCCCCUCCCACAUCCACCCACUCCCAACGCCUCUGUCACACCUCUGUCCACCGCCGCUCCCUCUUACUCUGUUGCCGCUGUGUCUUUUCAUGCCAAUUCAGGACACGUUUCUGUCUCCACUUUCUCCUGCGCUCCUACCAUGGCGCCUGUGCCUGUUUGCACUGUGACAGGGCCCACUCACCCCACUCACCCGACUCACCCCACUCACCCGACUCACCCAGUCCAUGCUUCCACUGAUCCUCCGCUGCGUUUCACCUUUGACGAGCUGAAUUUACCAGACUUGUAUGCAUCUUUCAAGUCUCUGGUCAGGACUAUGCGUGAGAGAGGAGGCUCACAGUCGGACAUUCUCCCCCUGGCUCUCCCAAACAAUGACACUACCCCACUCCACACUCCAACUCUACUACCACUGUCUCCACACCCUGUACCACCACCCGCUCCACUUCCACCGCCAGCUGCACCACCUGCACACCCACCAUCACAGUGCACGCUGCCUCCUGACUGGUUCAGUAACCCAGAAUCCCUGAGGGAGAGCUUCCGCAUUGCCAGCAAUCUAGACUGGGCAAACAUAGACCUCUCCAAUCACCCAGGUCUGGACUCUUUACCACAGUCUUGCAACACCAUUUCAGACCUGCUGGAGAGCAUGCGGCAGGCGGAGCUCUGUGACUGGGCCCUGGACCCUACGCUCUUCACCUCCCUCUGUGACUCUCUGAACCGCUUCUUCACUCAGAAAGGCAUGAUCACCUCUGGCAACAACUCCCCAGUAGCCCUUGGUGCGCCUCACACCUUACAAGCUGCACCGUUCACCCACAAUCCACCCCCAACCCUUGCCAGCCUCAUUCACCCCUCACCCCUGCCAUACCCUCCCACAUUUCACCCUGCCAACGGAGCACAGCCGCCGCGCAGAGCUCUGCACAUGCAGGCACCAGGCCUCCAGAGACCGCAGCUAACUCAUCCUCCAAACACAGCCGCUGGAAUGCAAUCCCAGUCUACAACACCACGACAGCGUCCUCCAUUAAAGAAUCUGCACAGCAACAGUGAGGAGAUCCAGGACGACUUUGACUGGGACACUCUUGUUUGACCUUCACCGUCUCAGUCGAGAGAAACACUGAAAACAGAACUUCUCACAGAGAUGGGACUCUUUACUGCCAUGUACACUAAGCUCUAUGCAGAGGCUGCCUCACUGGUGUGUAGGUUUGGGAUCAUGUUAUGUCACAUGACUGAAUGCUGUAUUUCAAAGUUGACAUUGUAAGUCUGUUUUUCCACCUGUAUUCAAAUUCAUAUGCUGUAAGUUUUGUUUAGCUUAUCUUCUGCAGGUCAUUGGCAGGGUGUUAUUUACUCGUGGAACAUAGAUUAAUUAACAUAUAAGAUAAAAUAAAAUUCAAGUGUAUUCUUGUCACAUGGGAUGACAUUAUGGGAUAUAAACAAGCAUUAUCUACAGAGCAAGCAUGAAACCAGCCAAACACAUGUACUGUUUUAAUUUUAUUUCAUAAAUUUCUUUUGAUUUUUUUUUUUUUACCAUUUUACUUUGCAAAUGUGAAUGUUCACAGUCGACACCACACAAAAUUCAACCCAAUAAAAGAGAUAUUUUUUUCUUGUCGAUAUAAAAUAACAAUAAAUUCAUGUAACUAAAUUAAAAGAACAGCAUGGAGCAUGUUGCCAA